GUCACGUCAGAACUUGCCCGGGCAUGUGAAUGCGGCGGCUUCCGGGCCGGACACGUGGGAGCUGUGCCGGCCUGCAGUGGGCCUGUCUCCAGGAAAAGGCCAAAUGACCCCGCUGCUGCUCCCCAAAGCCUCUGUGCCUACCCCAAAACGCACCCAUGGUCCCGCCGGGCCCCCCAGCCCUAGGAUGAUGCCGCAGGGUCCCGGCAGCAAGAAGAGGAGCCGCAGGCACCAGCGCUUCAUGGAGCGGCGGGCUCUGCUGGAGCAGAGGGGGCUGCUGAGACCCCGCCGUCGGUUGGGCACUCAGGGACCCCUGGGUGGGCACAGCAAUGUAACACCACGUGGCUGGAAGGUCUCCAAGCUGGGGCUGUCCGUGUCACCAUCCACCUCCCCGGACAGCACUGUGGGUCGCUGCUCCAGGACGUCUGUGGGUAACACCAUCACAGGGAUCCAGCCGUGCCUCCCACGUCCCAACAAGUACGUGGCCAUUGAUUGUGAGAUGGUGGGCACGGGCCCCCGGGGCAGGCAGAGCGAGCUGGCACGGUGCUCCAUCGUUAGCUAUGAUGGAGACGUCAUCUAUGACAAGUAUGUCCUGCCCCUGCUGCCCAUCGUGGACUUUCGAACCCGCUGGAGCGGCAUCACCAGGCGGCACAUGGAGAGCGCCAUCCAAUUUCGGGCUGCCCAGGAGGAGAUCCUGAAGAUCCUGAAGGAUAAGAUCGUGGUUGGGCAUGCCAUCCACAAUGACUUCCAGGCCUUGAAGUACUUCCACCCAAAGGAGAGGACGCGGGACACCAGCCGUAUCCCACUGCUCAACCAGAGGGCCGGGCUGCCACCCGGCACCAAUGCCUCUCUUAAGAGCCUGGCCAGACACCUGCUGCAGAAGAAGAUCCAGGUGGGCUGCAAAGGGCAUUCAUCAGUGGAGGAUGCACGGACAGCCAUGGAGCUGUACAGACUGGUGGAGGUGCCAUGGGAGGCAGAGCUGGCUCGCAGCCAGCCCCCCCGUCCCCCCAGCCCCACAGACCCCAUCACUGACAGCCACCAAUACAUGGAUGACCAGUACUGGCCCCAGGACCUGAUGGCGGGCACCCUGUGACCAGGGACAGCACUCUCUGUCCGUGGUGUUGGGGAUAUCCCUGUGCCUUCACAUCUCAGGUGUGGAGGGACACGUGGGGUCCUGGUGCCACCCUGGAGGAGCGCAGUGGUGGAGUGGGGCUCUUAGGGCACCUCCGAUGCCCUCCAAGAGGAUGCCCUCCCUGCUGUCAUCUUGCUGCUAAUGGUGGGAGAGCUGAGGCGAGUGGUUUCUCUGAAGGUUCUGUGGUCCAUGCUGUGCAUCGUGGCCCUAUGACAGCAGUUCAGAGCUGUUGUGCUUCUGCCUGGUUGCUGCAGAGCGUCCGGGGCUGGUGUUACAUCACCAUUUUUCUCCCUGUAUUCUUUGCACAGUGAAGCCUGGAAAGGAAGUUCAGGUCUGUCUAAUCAGUUUCUACAUCAUGUGAACAACAGCUUAGAAUGCACUUUGUUGUAUUUGUCCAAUUCUGGAUUAAAAAUGAUUAUUGCAAAAGCCUCCUGCGUGUGUUGCUGUGAUUGAGUGCUGUGUUCCAGCACUUCCAACUUGCCUGACAUCAAAAAAUGUCUCUUUGGUGGUCUGAUGGUGGCUGGGAUAAACAAGUCCUGGCAUUGGGUGGCUGUGGGAUGGUCCCCUGUGCUUCAAGACUCCUGCUGGAACAUCUGCAAUGGGUGACAGGGAGGGCAGCAGAUUGACUCAGCCUGGGCUGGGGAGUCCAGCACGCCCAGCUGUCUCUAGGUCCUGUCUGGUGGCACCAGGGUGGAGAGCUGGGUGUUUUAUCAGCUGUGACUCAUCCUGCACGGCAGUCGGGCACAGGGAGAGACAGGAGCAAUUAAAAAAAAAAAAAAAAAA